AAAGACUUAUAAACCUUGGUUGACAAGAGAAAUGAUAUAAAACUUAGGACAAGAGAGUAAAAGUUUAUAAUAUUUGAAAGAAACUAAACGCAACUACCUAUAGUCACAUGCCCUUAUAGGAUUAAACUUAAUUAUCAUAUGCCUGAAAACUCCGUAUUUUUCGCACUUCUUAUAAUCAUUGAAUCAAUCAUCACGAAAUCAUAUUAUUACGUUUUCCGCAAAUUCCAAGUCAUAUCUAAUUAAUUUAUACAUAUAUCUUAAUCAAAACAAGCUCUCUGAGUUCUACUAUAAAUAGCUGAUGAAUCCUAAGUCUUUUGCAUCCAACACUACAACAAUCAUCAACUUCUUCUCUAAUCAAAAGUUAAACACCUAAGACAUUGAAAGAAAAACAAAUGACGAAGAUUUUCUCUCUAUUGGUCGCAAUGAUCUUUUCCAUAAUGUUCUUCAUGAAGAUCAGCUCAGUUUCUGCUGGUUGGUUGCAAGCUCAUGCGACCUUUUAUGGCGGAAGUGAUGCUUCUGGUACAAUGGGUGGAGCUUGUGGUUAUGGAAACCUAUACACAGACGGUUACAAGACAAACACAGCGGCGCUAAGCACGGCACUGUUCAACGACGGCAAGUCAUGCGGUGGAUGUUACCAAAUCUUGUGUGAUGCAACCAAAGUACCACAAUGGUGUCUUAAAGGAAAAUCAAUCACAAUCACAGCCACAAACUUCUGUCCACCAAACUUUGCUCAGGCAAGCGACGAUGGAGGAUGGUGCAACCCACCAAGACCUCACUUUGACAUGGCUCAGCCUGCGUUUCUAACCAUCGCUAAGUACAAAGCUGGUAUCGUUCCCAUUCUCUACAAAAGGGUUGGAUGUAGAAGAAGCGGAGGGAUGAGAUUUACGAUGAACGGUAGAAACUAUUUCGAGCUUGUUCUCAUCUCAAACGUAGCAGGAGCUGGUGAGAUCUCUAAAGUUUGGAUUAAAGGCUCUAAGAGCAACAAAUGGGAGACAAUGUCAAGAAAUUGGGGAGCUAAUUAUCAGAGCAACACUUACCUUAAUGGACAAUCUCUCUCUUUCAAAGUUCAACUCAGUGAUGGAAGAAUCAAAGCAGCUCUCAACGUUGUUCCUUCGAAUUGGCAGUUUGGUCAGAGCUUCAAGAGCAACAUCAACUUCUGAUCUCAGUAAUGAUUGGGUUUAUGGUUUUUAUCCAUCUUUUGUAUUUACUUUCAUUGGGUAUUUUUGCUUCCUCUGUUGCAUCAUCAUCAUCUGUGAGAUAAGCUGCUUGUUUUAUAGCCUUAUUAUAGUCUUGCUUCCAGAGAGUUUAUAAUCUGGAGAAGACUCAAGCAGUGAUGAUUGUAUUUUGUACAUUUAAGGAAGAAUAUGUUUACUAUAUAUA